AUAUCACCAGGUUUAGCUGAUAGUGAAUUUGGAAGAACUCGUUUAAAGGAAUUCACAUUUGAUCAUUCUUAUUGGUCUUUUAGUUCAUCAGAUCCUCAUUUUGCUUCUCAACAACAAGUAUUUCAAGAUUUAGGACAAGAAGUUGUUGAAAGUGCAUUUGAAGGAUAUAAUGCAUGCAUUUUUGCCUAUGGUCAGACUGGAUCUGGAAAAACAUAUACAAUGAUGGGAACACCAGAUUCAGAAGGCCUGAUUCCUAGAAUAUGUCAAGCUUUAUUUGCUAGAAUGAAAACAAAUAGAAAUAUUGGAGCUACUUUUCGAACAGAAGUUAGUUAUUUAGAAAUUUAUAAUGAAAGAGUAAAAGAUUUAUUAAGAAAAAAUACAUCUCAACAUAAUUUAAGAGUUAGAGAACAUCCUAAAUUAGGUCCUUAUGUUCAAGAUUUAUCAAAGCAUUUGGUUAUGGAUUAUUCUGAUGUACAGGAAUUAAUGACUAGAGGAAAUUCUCACAGGACAACAGCAGCAACUACAAUGAAUGAUGUCAGUAGCAGAUCACAUGCAAUUUUUACACUAACGUUUUCUCAGGCAAAUUUUAAUCAUGAUAUGCCAAGUGAAACCAUGAGUAAAGUCAAUUUAGUUGAUCUAGCUGGAAGUGAAAGAGCAGAUGUGACUGGUGCAACAGGUCAAAGACUCAAAGAAGGAGGUCAUAUUAACAAAUCACUAGUUACCUUAGGAACAGUUAUUUCUGCCCUUGCUGAUAUGUCAAGUACUCAAACAAAGAAAACAAUUUUUAUUCCCUAUCGAGAUUCAGUUUUAACUUGGUUAUUAAAAGACAGUUUAGGUGGCAAUUCCAAAACAAUUAUGAUAGCAGCUAUUUCACCAGCUGAAUGCAAUUAUGGUGAAACUUUGAGUACUUUAAGAUAUGCUAACAGAGCUAAGAAUAUCAUUAAUAAACCCACAAUUAACGAAGAUCCAAAUGUUAAACUAAUCCGUGAACUUCGCAAUGAAAUUGCUCACUUAAAAUCUCUUCUUGGAGAUAGUAUUAAUUCAUCUCCUAUGAUGAUAGAAAAAUUACAUGAAAAUGAAGCAAGAGUAAAAGUAUUAACGGAAGAAUGGACGGAAAGAUGGAAAGAAACACACAAAAUUCUUAAAGAGCAAAGAACAUUAGGGCUUCGAAAAUCUGGACAAGGAGUGGUGUUAGAUUCUGAAUUACCUCAUCUUAUUGGUAUUGAUGAUGAUGUACUAAGUACAGGCAUAACGCUUUAUCAUUUAAAGGAAGGUACAACUUAUAUUGGAACAGAAAAUUCAUCAGGGAAAAAAGAUAUAGUAUUGAAUGGAGUUGGAAUUGAAGAUGAUCAUUGCAUUAUUGAAUUACAAGAUGGAAAAGCUACCUUAAUACCAUUAGGAAAAUCUGAAUGUUUUGUAAAUACAAUUUUAAUAGAUAAACCAACUCGUAUAUCUCAAGGUUGUGUUAUUCUUUUGGGGAAGACAAAUAUGUUUAGAUAUAAUGACCCAGCUGAAGUAGAAAGAUUACGUAAAGAAAAAGAAAGAGGAUCUUCACUUAAUUUAUCUCGUCUUUCUCUACUCAGUCGUUCUGCUUCUGAUUUAGCAAGAUCCAUAGAAAAUCUGAAUUCACCCAUGCAAGAAAUUGAAUAUCAAAAAGGAAAAGAUUGGGAACUAUUAGAGAAGAAAAGGCAACAUAUAGAACAACUAGAAAAAGAACACAGUCAAGCAGAAGAAAGGAGGCGCAGAGAACAAUUGGAGACUGAAGCCAAACUUGAAAAAAAACUUAGAGAGUUAGAACAUAUAAGGAAAGAAAAUGAGGAUAUCUGUCAGAAAGCACAGAUAGCUCAAAAAUUAGCACUAGAAGAACAAGCAAAAUUAGAACAAUGUUGUCAAAAUAUUGAAAAACAACUUAAAGAAUAUAAUGAAAAAGAAAAAAAUGGAGCAUUAGCAUUACAGGAAUCAAAACAAGAAUUAUUUAGAGUACAACAGAAAAAAAAUAUAAUAAUUAAGGAAUUGGAAAAUUUAGUUACGUUGAAAAAUGAAUCCUUAAAUUCAUAUCCUGAAAAUCAGUCAAUAAAUCAUUUAAAACAACAAGUACAAGAAUUGGAGGAUAUUAGUAAAGAACUUGAUAAAUUUUGUAUUGAAGGAAUUGAAACAAAUCAGUCAGAAUUAAAUGAAGUUUUUAAAUUAUUGUCAGAUUCAUUUCAAUUUGCAAAUGAAUCUUCAAUGAGUGAAAUUUUUUGUAAAGUUAAAGAAAAUAUAUUGAGUAAUAGGAAUUCCAUUAGAGAAAAAAUACAGAAAGAAAAUGAAAUUUUGAAGGAAAGUAGAGAAUUAUUACUUGCCAAAGCAAAUGAUGAUUCAUCAGAUUUAGUUGAAGAUCAAGAAUAUUUACACAAUAAAGAAUCGUUGUGUCAGAAAGAACAAAACUUUGAACAGAUUUUUGGAAAAAAAUUAGAAAUACUAGAAAAACUUGAAAAAUAUUUUAAUAAAUUUCCAAAUUCUAAUAGAACUAAACCUGUUAAAAAAUUUUGUGAUGGAACCAAUCCAGAAAACUCAUUUGAAAACCCAAACAUGAAUAAUCCAUCAAAUUGUUCAAAAAAUCCAAGAACUGAAAGCACUUCAGUGAUGCAAGAUGAACAGUUAAUGGACAAUAGAAGUUUGAAUGGUUCUACAAAUGAUGAAUGGAAAAAUCAAACUUUGAUGGCAAAAUUUGUAGAAGAUCAGUUUCAUAUGCUUCAACAGGAAUUAGAAAGAAGGAGAAAAGCUUUUGAGGAAGAACGUUUACAAGAAUUAGAUCAUAUUGAAAUGGAAAGAUUCCAUUUGCAAGAAUUAGAACAACAGAAAAGCAUCUUACUUUCUGUAUAUCAUAAAUUUGGUGAACCUCCUUACGUCAUCCCUUCUAUGGCUUUUCAGCUCUCAAGGUACAAAAAUAUGGCUAUUAUAGCACUGAUACGCAGGGUGUUUUUAUAUCCAUUUGUAGAUGAGCAGAUUUCCCUUAAAUUGAUUGUUUGCAGUGCUGGGUAUUCUUUAGCCAAGUUCAAACAUUUAGUUAACUGGGUCAAAUGCAUAUUGUUUCCACCAUCCACUUUGUAUUCUAAGAAGGAAUUAUUUUUUGUAACCCCAGCCAUUCUGUACUUGGGUUCUGCAUCAUUACCUAUUUAUCAAGUCUUCAAGAAAUUUAGCUAUAUUUUGCCACUAGUGCCUCAGCCCACUUUAUGUAGGAUACUUUGUAAUGAUAAAGAUGGGGUUACAGUUACACUCUAUGAAAAGUCUGAGGUAUAUACUAUAUCUCAGACUGAUUCUCAGAUAAUGAUUCUGCUUGAAGAGGACAGUUUUAGACUGUUGAAAAUUGNAAAACAAGAAUUAUUUAGAGUACAACAGAAAAAAAAUAUAAUAAUUAAGGAAUUGGAAAAUUUAGUUACGUUGAAAAAUGAAUCCUUAAAUUCAUAUCCUGAAAAUCAGUCAAUAAAUCAUUUAAAACAACAAGUACAAGAAUUGGAGGAUAUUAGUAAAGAACUUGAUAAAUUUUGUAUUGAAGGAAUUGAAACAAAUCAGUCAGAAUUAAAUGAAGUUUUUAAAUUAUUGUCAGAUUCAUUUCAAUUUGCAAAUGAAUCUUCAAUGAGUGAAAUUUUUUGUAAAGUUAAAGAAAAUAUAUUGAGUAAUAGGAAUGCCAUUAGAGAAAAAAUACAGAAAGAAAAUGAAAUUUUGAAGGAAAGUAGAGAAUUAUUACUUGCCAAAGCAAAUGAUGAUUCAUCAGAUUUAGUUGAAGAUCAAGAAUAUUUACACAAUAAAGAAUCGUUGUGUCAGAAAGAACAAAACUUUGAACAGAUUUUUGGAAAAAAAUUAGAAAUACUAGAAAAACUUGAAAAAUAUUUUAAUAAAUUUCCAAAUUCUAAUAGAACUAAACCUGUUAAAAAAUUUUGUGAUGGAACCAAUCCAGAAAACUCAUUUGAAAACCCAAACAUGAAUAAUCCAUCCAUGAAUGUCACUUUAGUGAUGCAAGAUGAACAGUUAAUGGACAAUAGAAGUUUGAAUGGUUCUACAAAUGAUGAAUGGAAAAAUCAAACUUUGAUGGCAAAAUUUGUAGAAGAUCAGUUUCAUAUGCUUCAACAGGAAUUAGAAAGAAGGAGAAAAGCUUUUGAGGAAGAACGUUUACAAGAAUUAGAUCAUAUUGAAAUGGAAAGAUUCCAUUUGCAAGAAUUAGAACAACAGAAAAGAAUUAACUGUCUUGUAGAACAGGAAGUUCAGAGAAGGUUAUUUGAAGAAAAACUUCGGUUAGAACGAGAAUAUCUGAAAAAUGAUCAGAAAUAUUUUAAGAGCUUCCAACAGCAUGUUGAAUCUAGAUUUCCUACUGAAGCCACUACUACUGCAUGUACUUUAAAUAAUCACAUUCGAGAAAAUGGAGCAGUAGAAUCAAUAAAAUUUUCAAUUCCUUCUUAUACAAUGAGAGGAAGUGGAAGCGGUGCUCAUUAUGAAUAUGAAGUAAAGAUUUAUGUGAAUGCAGACACUUGGACAAUCUAUCGACGUUACAAAAGAUUCCGGGAGCUACAUCAUUAUAUGAGGCUAAAAUAUGGAGACAAGGUAGAAUUACCAUAUUUCCCCCCUAGGAAAAUAUUUGGAAGCAAAUCUGAACGUGUAGUUGAAGAAAGGCGAAAUCAUUUAGAGGUGUAUCUUAAUAAACUUAUUUUGAUUUGUAUGCAAGUUGAAGGCUGUCCUCUACACACUAGACAGAAUCUCUGUAAACAGGACAUUUAUGACUUUGCACCAUUUUUCCAUAAAGGGUGUUUUGAAACUAGCAAACAUGGAACCGGAUAGUGUGUAUGUAUGUAUAUAUUAAUCUACAUACAAAUUUAGAUUUGUGUGUAGAAUUACAUAUUUAUUAGUAAUUAUUAAAAAAAUAUAUAUAUUUAUCAAUCAAGAAAUAUAAUAAGACAUUGUGUAAUCUUAUCAUUUGUACCAAAUAGUGUUAGUUUGCUGUGGGUUUUCAAAUGGAAGAAAGAAUAAAUACAGAGAUUUCACAUAUUUUAUAUAUUUUGAUAAAUUUUAAAUACAGCUUGUAAUUUUUGUACAUAAGUAAAAUAAAAUACUGCUUGCAUAAAUUGUUUAAAUUAUGACAUACAUUCAAAUUUUAUAAAUAAUUUUUUUAUUAAAUAAGUAAAAGUUAAACAGUUCUAAUAACAUCAGACGUUCAUUUGAGCAGAUGUGAUAUUUUGAAUAUAUCCCUAAAAAAUUCACCUGUGUACAGCAGUUCAUAUUGAUGUGUCGGAAUAAUUUACAAAUAAUUCACUCAUUCAUAAAAAAAAGACAUUUCAAAUGUGGACUGAAACAUUCCUUUUUAAUAGAAUGUAGCCUAAGUGCUUGCAAAAUUACUAUUACAUAAUUUUAUGUUUAGAAUAUGGCAAAGUAACAAAGCAACUAUAUUGUCAUUAAAAUUAAUACAAAAAUUUUCAAAACUAGUAGUAGUUUUUGGAAAUAACUUCUUGUCUUAAUAAUUUCACAUUAUAUUCAUUCAAAGCAAUGCAAACAUUCCAUUUAAAUAAUGAUGACAUUUUUUUAAUAUGUUCUAAAAAAACUAUUAACUAAAUCUAUGUAUUAAUAUUUGGUUAUAAUUAUCAUUGAAAUGGCAGACAAAUAUAAAAUGUAACUGGAAAGACUAUUUAUAUUGCUAUUCCUCUUUUAGAUCCAUAAUGGAAGUUUCUUGACAAUUAAAAAUUUUUAAUAUAAUUAUCAUCAUUAAUUCUAAGCCACUUUAUAAAGGAUGAAACUGUAAAGGAUCUAUCUUUUGAGUCUCUUAAGAAUUAAAUUUUUUGAAAUAUCAUUAUUGCUAAUUAUUGACACUAAGCUAUAAAGGAUGCUAAAAUUACACACUACCCCAAAAUAUUGGGGUAGUGCGGUCUGUUGGCAAAAAUAAUAAUUGCUAAUUGUUGCUAGCUUGCUGCAACACCUGCCUAAAGACAUCAUCACUGUGGAAUCAUGUUAAAAAGUUGUCCCUUUAGAUGAGGAUCCAUCUAUUGGGAGACAGCAAAAUUCUCUGCAGAUCUGUCUUUUGCAUCUCGUUGAUGGUAAAUUCACUGAAGAACUAGAUACUAAUUUGAUAACACUUACUAUUACGGUAGAGUGUCAUUUAUCCAAAUCAAUUGAGGACAAGUUGUUCGGAUAAUCGAUUAUGU